CUUCGCCAAUCAGCUUUGUCCAAAUUGUCUCGCGGUCCUUGUUUGAAAGACAGAGUCGAUUCGACAGUGUUCCCCGUUGUAACGAAAUAUCGCAAUCUGUGACGUUUGCAACCUGGAAAGACACCAAAGAGACAACCUAAUCGGCCUCCACUUGUUUUUUUGUUUUUUUUUUAAUUCCACGAUGGCAGAAGGGGGAGACGUGGAAUGGGAGCUGAGCAAAGAGAACAUCCAGCCGCUGCGGCGGGGCCGAGACGCGUCGGCCUUGCAUCAGGCGCUGAGCCAGCAGCAGGACGGCCUGAGCUCCGCCGUCCACCACCAGAGACAGGGCUUUGAGUCUGAACUGCGAAUGUAUGACGGGGAGGAUCCGCUAGAUGUUUGGGAUCGGUACAUUAAGUGGACGGAGCAAACCUUCCCUCGGGGAGGAAAAGAAAGCAACCUCUCCACGCUGUUGGAACGGGCCGCGACCAAAUUUACAGAGGAAAAGAAAUAUCACGAGGACCCUCGCUAUGUUGAACUCUGGAUCAAAUUUGCAGAGCACUGCCCGGAGCCAUUGGACAUUUACAGGUACAUGCAGGCUCAGGGGAUAGGAGUGACACAGGCAUCCCUCUACAUCGCUUGGUCCGAAGAGUAUGAGAAUCAGGGCAACUGUCGCAAAGCGGACCUGGUCUACCAGGAAGGCAUCAGGAGGUUUGCGGGGCCGCAUGAUAAGCUCCUGCAGUUUCAUAAGGCUUUGCAGGCGCGCGUGUCCCGACAGGUGAUGAUGAACGUGGAGGACGACGACGACGACAGUGGUGACGAUGAGCCUAAACUACCCGAGAGAGUGUCUCUAGCCGAACUCAAACGCAGAGGGAAGAAAAAGGCCAUCGCCCCCGUCAACCGAGUCGGGCCUUCCAUCAAAAGUAUUCCUGGAGGAGUGCAGUCGCUUGGUGCCCCCGUCCCGGGCAAUGCCUCAAACAGUCGUUUGAUGGUCUUUGAUGAGAACAAGGCCCAAAGUGCCGGCCCUUCGGGGCCUAAGUUGGAGGUUUGGGCGGCCCCUCCCCCUUCAAAGGCAAAGGAGAAUGAGCAGAAUCCAGAGAAAUGGGCUGAUGUGAAGAUCCCCCAGAAAUCCAAAUUUGGACACACUGUCAUGGCCCCCCCGCCUCCCAAACCCACGUUCCAACCAUUUGUUGAGGAGUCAGACGAGCUUCCAACAAUGACUCCUCGUAAGAUCAACCCGGCAGUGAACACCGUUUUAUCAGCGCGUAAAGCCUGCAGAGAGGAGACUCCUCUGAAGAGGCUCCAGGAUCAUCAUCAGCAACAGAAGGCGGCAGAAUCGGGAACGGUGCGGGAGCAGAGCAUGUACUGUAAGGAGCUGCUGCUCAGCGGCGCCACGGAAUUCUGCUUCGAGGAGCUGCGCGCCGAGCGCCACUUCAAGAAGAUGAACCAGGAAAGAGGUCCAAAGGACAGCUCUUCAAACUGAUGCAUCGGAGGAAAAAAAAAAAAAAAAGACUCAUUUCUACUGUACUCUUCUUUUUCCUUGGAUGUCAUCUGCGAGUAUCGUGUGGUGAACGUGUUCAUAGUACUGUAUGUGCGUCUGGAGGACGAAGUCUUUGGAACCUGUUUGAACCGAAGGCGCCGUUGGUUCGUUGCGUUGGAUUCAUUCAGAACGUCACGGCAGAACCAAAUAACAACGCCCGAUAUCGGCCCAUUCUGACAAAAAAAAAAGAAACUCCAGACUAAUAUUUCAAGGCUUUGUAAGGUAUUUGUAAAUACUAAACCGAUUUGGUAGCAGACACAAUUCACCGUUACUCCAUUUGUCUCUUUCUCAACUGCUUUGUUCUUAAGAACAGUGUUUUCUUUGUAUAUGCUGCUUUUUUUUUUUUGUUUAGUUGUUUUCGUAUUUCUCGAACAGAUUUUUUGAGCGCGCCCCCGGCGAGGUGAUCCAUCAGGGUGGGGGGGGGGUCGCCCCCCAUGUAUCACCACGCGUUCAAUAAACUUGUUAAAAGGUC